UAAACAGUGGGUCGGCGCGUAAAGCGCGGCGAUUAAUCAGAGUACCUACUGUAAGGACUGUGUACAAUCCGACAUAAAACGGCUCAGUUAUCUCCGGGAACCUGCCUUUGUUUCCCUUCCUGGCAAAGCUUAUUCCAGGAAGCAGGUGUGAAGGCUGCUGUUGGAUGACAUGGAUCUGUGUGAUACGGAGGAGCGCGAUAGCGACGACGAAGUCUUCGACCUGGACUUGACGGCCCCGGACAGUGGCUAUAGUGACACCAGCGGGAGCUACGCAUCCGGUGCCUCUCCGAGCUGGACUGCCAGGCGCCAGCGGUUGUUUCCUCCAACGCAGCACUCGAAUGGAGCCGGGGGCAUCCCGGAGGAACAGUGUGACAGGGGGACGCAAACCUCUAGCUCCAGCCCCCCAGAUGAAAGUGAACCGCAAAGACUAUUCUAUGGCAGUGCAGCGUAUCGCCUGAAUUUUACUGAGGUUUUUGAAGUGCCGCGGGCCAGCACAGCACCCCAUCAUGAUCGGGAGAAUGUGCUACAGAUGGAUGCACAGCCUGAGGAGAGAGUGGAGAUUCGGAUUGGACGGAAACUGCAGCAGAUUGGGGAUCAGUUCCAUAGCUCCUACAUGGAGAGGCGCAACAGAAACGAAAACCGUGUGGACCAGCCCUUGUGGUGGCGACUUCUCUUCCUGCUGUUCACUUUGAUCUUUGACCCGGAAGAGAAUGCGGAGGCGGCAGGGCAAAGGUGAGGCGGACCCUGCACGUCAGCCCUCCACUCUGCAGCCAGACAUCAGAGGGUACUGCGGAUGGCACUGAACGAGGGGACAAAAGCACGGGUGUGAAGGCACAUUCCGCUGGUCGGAUGGUGUCACGUUUUUGUUUUAUCCAAAGUGGAAAUGGCGCAUUGUUUCCCAGUGACGUCCGCUGGAAGCUUGCUGUUGACUAUCACGUGCUCUCCACUGCUCCUAAUGGAUCCUCUUCCCAUUGCUGGUGAGCUCUGACAAAUCACUUAACUCCACAGAGAAUGGGUUCUACUUCUUUUGUACCUUUCUCCCCUCAAUCACGAACGUCACGCAGGCGCAGCAGCAAGAAGAACAAAGGAAAGGAGACUGAAACAGAAAUUGCUGGAGAAACUCAGCUGGUCUGGCAGCAUCUGUGGAGAGAGAGCAGAAUCAACGCUUCGAGUCUGGCGACUCUUCAUCAGAACUCUUCCCAAUCAUUGACGCCGUCUCAAAGAAUCUUUUGUGGUUGAGUGCAGCACUGGAUUCUCAACACUGGUUAUGUGCAAUCCCUUUACAGGUUUACCAUGUAUUUUAACCCCUCCGUUUCCCCCUCAAUAACCAAGUGACCUCUCUGAGAACUAGAUCGCUUCUCCCUUGCAGGGCUAAGUUGGACGUGUCUUGAAAUUUCUGUGUCCACCCAUGUGCAGAGACCACUCUCGGGUUCCUACAGUCCUGCUGAAAGCUCUGUUUGCCAAUGGUUUGUUUACGGGUGGGACAUGCUGACCACUUUUGGGAUUCAGAGACUCGUCGGCGGGGAAAUCGGCACUCCAUCCUGGAGGAUGGUUCUCCCUGGCGUGCCCCACCUCAGCCCAAGCUAAGGUUUGGGGGGGGGGGCUCCAUUUCUCACUGGUCUCCUUCGCCCUUUUGGAAGGCAGUUAUAAUUUUGGAUAAAAAUGAAGGAUAUUGCAGGGUUGUGUAGGCGAGUCACUUCUUAUGUGGUGAGGUGGGGAGGGAGGGGGCAGAGGUGGGAAGAGAAAAAAAACAAAAAAAAAGCACAGAGGCGUCUCCAUAGAAACGGUUGAGUCUGAAACUGUGAACCUAUCUCCAGCCAUUCAAUCUCCUCUGACCUGGAUGAAUUCAAUCGAAGUCAUACAGCACAGAAUGAGACCAUUCGGCACAUAGAGCUCCUGUCUAUCCUUUGGAAGACCUGUCUUCCAAAGGGCUCCCCCAUGCUCUUUCCUGAAGCCUUCCAGUUUUUUUUUCUCUCCUUUUCCAGUUCCCCUUGAAUGGGUACUGUUGAAUCUGCUUCCAACUCCUUUGCAGGCUGUGCAUUUCAUGUUGCAACGUCACACUUUGUCAAAGAAUUUCUCCUUAUUUCUCUCUCUAUUUUACCAGUUAUCUGAUUCCUCUGCUUACUGACGGUCUCCCUUUGCACUAAGUCAGAAGCCCACAUAAGAUGGGAAAUCUCCAUUAAACCUCACCCUCGUCACUGCUCCAUAGAUCACCAACCUCCUGGGCUUUUCUGAGGGAAGAGUCUGAUUCAAGCUGAACCACUCUGCAUCCAAAUCCUUCAGCAAGAGCUCUUCUUUAUCUGUGCCUGCCUUUCUCCUUGCUAAAGGUCUUGGACUGUUCACUUAGAAACACACACACACACACACACACACACACACACACACACACACACACCCUCAAACACCCAACUGUACAAAGCUUUACUACUGAAUUAUCUCAAAGAGCUGUUGCUCCUUCAGAGCCACUAAGACAUAGCCAACUUCUCCCACCCGCCCUCCUCCAGAGGUUUUAAGGGCUGUCUUUUCUAUGACAAUGUGGUGAUCUGAGAUUCCUGGAGCUUAAGCCAGGCCCUCUCCAUUACAGAUUGAUCAGAGGUUGGGUUAUGACUGCCAAGUAGUGCUCACUGUGCCAUUGGGUGUAGGGAAGAGAUUACAAGUGUCACAAGGUCUAAAGUGCCCCACCCCCACAAACAAAUAAUCUAGUGGAAUGGUCAGAAUUUCCAAUAUGGCCUGCACUCCCUGGUCCUUGUUGGUUUGAGCAGAUGCAUCAUGGGAAGUUCCUAUCCCUCAUUGUGAUCACUUCUGCAAAGAGGCCAGGUUGAUCAUCUGGAAGCUAUUCCCAAUAGAUAUCCCAGAUUUUGAAGAGGAGGUUUCUGUCCUGAAGGACUCCCAGCAGAUCCAGCUGCCCAUCACCGAUUUGGGUUUGGCACUGGGACACCAUGUGGUCGCACUUCUGACCCAGGUGACGAACGCGAGUUGGCUGCCUACCACAGAAUGCUGCUUCUGACCUUUUUCCUUGUUUCGGAGUAAAUUUUCCUCCCCCCCCCGGCGCAUAGUUUCUGAGAGCACUUCUGAAAUCCCUACUCGUGCCCCUUUCAACCUUGUUUACCGUUCCUUGAUAAUUCGCAUUGGACCUCCCACCUCACAUCACAACACUGGGGAAAAUUGGGAGGGGGUGGGGUCAGCAGUUAAAAGAAAGUUGGGGUUUUUAUAAAGGAAAGUGUGGUUGACAAAUUGUUACCAUGGUGUCGCAUGUUAACUGCAGUAUCACCUGUGUCAGAAGUCACACAACAUCAGGUUGGUGUGGUAUUUUUGCUUUAAACGCCCAUCAACAUGACCAGUUCCUUAACUUGCACAUGUUUAUCUGCUGAUAUGUGACCUGUCACCCUUGACCUGUGACCCAGUUGAGAAGCAGGCUGUUACAUCAUACUCGACUCAGGAGAUUAAAGAGCCUUGAAUCUAACAUUAAUUAACUGCUGGAUGGAUAUUAGAGCUAAACUUGGUGUAAUUAUACUGGCCUCGGUUCAGGUACAGACAAAUCCUGCUGUGGUGAGGCUCCCCUCUCUGUUAUAUUCAAAACAAUUUUCAAUUGUUGUUCAAGUAAAUCAAAAGGUUUUAUUAGUGAAAGAAGACUAAGUCAAAUCUAAUGAAAGGCUCCAGCUAUUUUAAUUAGUCAGAGCCUGGGCUGGCACAGCAGGAAGCAUUAGCUCUGAGCUGCUUCCUUGUCAGUGAAUCCUGCCAGGCACAAUUAAUUCUACACGCUAUAGUGCUUCAACUCACGCUCCCUCAUGCUCACUCUUUCUCCAGCGUUCUUUGUCCCAGUGUUAGUUCUCCUCUUACCCCUCUCCACUCCUGCCCCUUUCCCUAGUUUUCAACUCUCUUAUCACAUCUCAGUCGAUCUCACACCCUCUGUCCAUUCCUUGCUAGCCUGUUCUGUGUUCUGCUCCCGCCCCAUAAAUUUCUUUCUACUGCAUUUGUUACUUCUGCGUUUCUCUCUCUUUUCUUCCCUUCCCUUUUCCCUCAUUCUGAGCACUUGCUGACUUUACCACCAGUUUGUCUUGGUCUUCCUUCUUCAUUUUUAAUUCACCUCUCUCCAUCGACCUUCCUCCCUCAUCCUUGUUUAAGAAACUGGUAUCCCUGGACAACUGCUGUUGAAUUCCAACAUGUGAAUUAGGAAAAGGCCACUCAGCUCCUCAAUGCUGCCCCAGUUUCCAAUGAGAUGGUGGAUGGUUACCCCCCAUCCCCCACUUUUACCCCCAGUAACCUUUGUUCAACAUGAAUCCAAUUCCUCUGCCUUGAAGAUAUUCGAAGACUCUGUUUCCAAUGGGUUUCAAAGAACUAGGGAAGGAAAACAAAACAUUCUCCUCAUCUCUGUCUUAAUUGGACAAGACCUUAUUUUUUACCAGCAACCCUCCAUCAGCCACAAGCUUACUCAGUGCUACUUUUCCAGGCCCACCCUGUCAAGACUGCUAAGCACCUUGUGUGUUUCAAUCAGUUAGCCUCAGGCUGUGCCAAACAGCAAUGGGGACAGGCCCAGCCUGUCUUAUCUUUCCUCAGAAGAUAACUCACCUAUUCAUUAAAUCCCUGCAGUGUGGAAGCAGGCUAUUCAGCCCAACGAGUCCACAACAACCCUCAAAAGAGUAUCACACCUAGAACCCCCCCCGCCCCCCCACCUCCCACCCCCACCCCCCACCCCAUACUAUCUCUGUUAUACUACAUUUCCCCAUGGCUAAUCCACCCAGCCUGCGCAUCCCUGAACACUAUUGCAAUUUAGCCUGGCCAGUCCCCCUCCAGUACAUCUAACCUGGAAGUGUGUUGGUUGUUAAAAGAUAAAGAAAGCCUUGGCAACAUUUCUUUGAAUUACCGUUCACCGUGAGCAAAGUGAUUUAUUGAGAUUGACUAUUGGACCUGGAGUACUGAGGUGGCUGCUGACUGUUGCACAACUCGCUGCUCGCACUUGGUGUUAUGUCGAAGGAAUUUGAAUAGUAAAAUUUGUGCUAGGGUCCACCUUAGCAAAGAUCUCAUUGACUGAUGUGGUGACCCAAAGAAAUGAGUGAUUUUUUUUAGAAGUUUGUUCAUGAAAUGUGGGUGUUGCUGGCUGGGUCAGCACUUAUUGCCCAUCCUUCAUUGACCUUGAACUGAAUGGCUUAUUGGCUACAAUUUUCAGAGGGCACUGAAGAGUCAACCACGUUGCCAUUCUAAACAAUGUCCGUCCUACAGAAUAGACCAAAAGCUUUGAGGUUAUUUUCUGUUUGUUUUCCCCCUUGGUUUUACAGUGAGGAAUAUGCAGUGUGUUCCUUUCCUUUUGGAAGAAAGGAGGUAGCUCAGAGAUAACAGGCUGCAAGGGAAAGCAGGCAAUCCCAUGAUGCAGUGAGCUGAAGACUGGUUGCCAAGGCAAUGCCAAGAUACUGCUCCUUUGGAUUCGCUGCAUUCGCUGCAUUUCAUGGCACCGGUGUGAAAUGGAGGUCACCCCAUUGAAAAAUGUUUACAAAUUUGUAAAAGAUUUACUGUUUUACACUAUUGCUUGAAUAUGCGGAUUGUCCAAGGUGUCACAACACCUAUUAAAUCAUUAAGUAAAAUAUUGACUGUUGGUAAGACUUGUGUCCAGGCAUGAAGCAUUCUGUUUGGUCUGCCCUUCAACAUGAAUUUGAACUUAUAUUAUGAAUUUAACAAAGGGUAUGUAAAAGGGGUGUAUUUAAUUGAUCUGCCUGGGACAAGUCAAAGGCUGGCUGUGUUCAAAAAGAAGAUUUAAAUAUUCUCAGUCCCUUUGGAUGGGAAAGUACUAUCACAUGACAAUGGUUCUUCCCCCUAGGCCCUCAGACUUGACACGCAUCAUCAUUGCCCGCUUUCCCAAUCCAAAUUGGAAAGCCAAUUUAUAUAACUAAGAGAAACACAAGCUUUUGUUUUUGAAUGAUCUCAAGAAUUUCUGUCAGACAGGCAAGUAAUGAUGUACUGGAGAUUAGCCCAUAUUUCAUGGAAACUAUAGGAUUCUGGUAGAAUGGGUAGGCACAGCAGAUUUCCUUCCUCAAGAACUGGUUGAGAUUUUUCCCUGACAAUCCAGUGGUUCCAUGAUUGUCAUUACCGGCUUUUCAAUUCCCGAUUUUGUUUAAUGUAUUGAUUUCAAACUCCCCAGCUGCCUUGGCAGGAUUUGAACAUUUGCCCACCAGAACAGUUGUCAGGCCUCUGCAUUACUGGUUUAGUGAGACAACCGUAAAAUCAAGAGAGUGUGACGCUCCAUGAAUUGCUCUUGUAGAGACCCGGUGUGGACAUGACAGUCUGGAUGGGCUUUCUGUGCUGUAAUCAUUCUAACCUCAUGCCUUUGUACCCACACCAGGCAUAGUUUUUAAAAUUACAAGAAUGAGGAAGACUGGAUGGGGAUAAAGAGUUCCAGUGUUGAAGUUCUAUAGUAGAAUGAGUAAGACUGUGCAAUAAGGUUUGUUGGCAACGCAUUGAGGAUUUAGACGGGGAAAGCAAUGUACGUGGAUGUAGCAACAACAGAACAGAUAUUGUGCCUCAACAGAUGUUGAUGGACAUACACGUGUGCUCACGUGCAGAUAUGGGAUUAUCCUUUAAGUGAAUCAUUUUAUGGUUUCACCUUAAAAAUCGUCCCAGCAAUAGAAGAUAACAAGUGAUCCCAUGGAGCCUUCUUUGACGCUGAGUCAAGAGCUGCAACAUUUGCUCAGGAGAAGUGGGAAGCUACACACACACACACACACACUUGUACUUUUACCGUCACAGCAUGUUUUGUGGUGCAGCCUUUUUACAAAAAGAAAAUGUUUCCUGCAAUCUUUGAACGCUGAGCCAGCUAACAUAGAAAGACUGCCUCAAGAAUGGACAACUGAUACGGAACUGCACAAGAUAACUCAUUGCAGACUGCCUACAUCAACCUUGUAAAAGGCAUGAGGGAGCUCCCUUACAUUUCUGUAAUUUAUUCUGUAUAAUUUAUUUUGUGUAUUACUGGUCUUGUCUAGUUUUUCUAGUGUGCAAUGUCUUUGUGUUUCAUUGGAUUGGCUGGGCCAGCUCAGAUGGAACAGGCCAAUUUGAACACUUGCUGAAAACUGGCACCUUAGGAGAAGGAGUGGUGCCCAGGGUUGGGAUGGGGGAAGAACUAGUCACUAUCAUAAUGCAAACGUGACAAUUAUAGGCUGAACAAGCAAUGCCUCCUCUCUCAUGUCGUGGUCAUAACUGCUUGCUGUGAUGGGGAGCUUUUGGGUGCUGUGAUGCGACUAUCUAAGACUUCCAGUCCCUUCUACAGUCUACUUCCUGUUCGUUAUGGAGAUCUGAAUGAUGAACCUUUUUGAGGAAGGACAUUGAGAUUCCUUGCCCUAUGAAUGUAUGGAAAAUUACUGUCUUCAAAGAAGAAGCAUUAGAUCACAUGCAGUCUACUUUUGGGAGAUAGGGUUUUACUACUCAGUUUCUGAAAGUCAAUAUUGUCGAUUGUAGCAGACCCUCCACUUGCCUGGUCCUUUGGGAGUUAUGUUACUCAGUGUCAUGACAGGAGAGUACAGUAGGAUCUCAACAACUCGCUUUCAUCUGGACUCUGUUGGGAUUGCUUAAGGAAGAAGGAAGGUGAGAGGCAAGGUUUGUUCAUCAGUCUCCAAACAGCAGAAACCAAACCAAAGUCAUGUCUCCUGGAGAAGCCUCCCUGCUCCACAGGUAUUGGCAAACUCUUAAUUUCUUGCAGGAAGGGAGUGCAAAUGAAACAAAGCGCCCCAUGACCACCUCCAGAGCUAUGAAGAUAUGAGUAUCACUGUCAAGUCUCAAAGCCAGCAUGGUUUUAGGGUUAACUUUAGGUGAGCAGUAGGCUAUUUCAGUUUCACUGUGAGAUGCCUGCUGCUUUAGGAGUUCGUGGGUGUCACGUUUUACUUUGUUGUAAUACGGCUUGGCAAAUCUUCUCUUCCAUGCCAGAGUUUCUUGAUCAAACUACUUGCACAUCGACUGCUUAAAGGCUGUUGGUCAGUGGCUCGCCUGAGGUUAGCUCAUACAGACUGGGUUGUCUCUGAAAGACAGUCCCCAGGCCCACUCACGUUGUCUGUAAGUCCUCAGCACGGAAGUGCACCUUAUUCAGACCUCUCUCAGGUGAAUUGUAAUCGGUUGUGUUGUUUGGGAG